AUGACUGUCAGCAGCGCGAAGUCUCCGACCCACAGAGUAGGAGGCAUAGUGGGUUUUGAUCACCGUUCUCUGGUGAUCGAUGGCCAUCGUCGUUUCCUCAUAUCAGGGUCCAUUCACUAUCCUCGCAGCACGCCAGAAAUGUGGCCCGGUUUAAUCAGGCUCGCCAAGGAAGGAGGUUUAGAUGUCAUCGACACUUACGUGUUCUGGAACGGCCACGAACCACGGCCAGGUGAAUAUAACUUUGCAGGGAGGUACGAUGUGGUCCGCUUUCUGGAGACUGUGCAGACCGAAGGCCUCCUCGUAAACCUGCGAAUCGGACCCUACGUUUGUGCAGAGUGGAAUUUCGGGGGCUUCCCAGAGUGGCUGACAGACAUUCCUGGAAUCGAGCUGAGAACAGACAACGAGCCGUUCAAGAAAGAAAUGGAGAAAUGGACCACUCACCUGGUGAGAUAUCUCAAGGACCACAAGCUCUUCUACUCUCAGGGAGGUCCCAUAAUUAUGAGCCAGAUCGAGAAUGAAUAUGGUCACGUCUCGGCUUCAUAUGGCGAAGCAGGCAAAAAAUACUCCUCGUGGGCAGCUAACAUGGCCGAGAACCUACGCACUUCAGUUCCAUGGAUCAUGUGCCAGCAGAAGGACGCUCCAGCCCACAUCAUCAACACCUGCAACAGCUUCUACUGCGACGAGUUCACUCCCAAUUCUCCAAACAAGCCCAAGAUGUGGACCGAGAACUACCCAGGCUGGCUGCACUACUGGGGCCAGACUCUGCAAUCUCGCCCAGUGCAAGACCUGGCCUUUGCGGUGGCUCGCUUCUUUCAAUUUGGUGGCAGCUACAUGAACUACUACAUGUACCACGGAGGCACCAACUUCGAUCGCACUGCUGCCAGAAUGGUCACCACCAGCUACGACUACACUGCUCCCAUCGAUGAAUACGGCCAGGCCAGACAGCCCAUGUGGGAGCACCUGAAGAACCUCCAUUCGGCCAUCAAAAUGUGCGCCCCGGCUCUGGCAGCUGUCAGUGGAGAGCCCCUGGUGUGGAGGUCUCAGAAUAACGUGCAGAUCCAUGUCUUCCAGACCCAACACAGUCAGGUUCGAGAGUUCCAAAACUCCCAAGCACCGACCGGGGUCUGUGCAGCAUUCUUGGCCAACGUUGGGCUGACUGAUGCCCUGGUGUCGUUCAAAGGGAGGCAGUACCAACUCCCGGCAUGGUCUGUAAGUAUUCUGCCUGACUGCAAAACUGUUGCUUUCAACACCAUGCACGUGCCCGAUGUGAGUUCUGCCAAGGAGAUUGUGACAGUGAAGCCAGCAGCAGCACACCGAAACUGGAACUUCUUCGCAGACGCGGUUGGACCUUGGAAUUUGCACACAGUCGUCACAUCCAAGUCUGCCUACGAGCAAUUCAGACUGACGAAGGACAAAACAGACUACCUCUGGUACAGGGUCCGCUUCAUUGCCCCACAGAAUGAGCUGCCGCAUUGGCUGGUGGUAGAAAAGGCCGAGCCAGACCUGAUGCACGUCUUUCUGAAUGGCAAGCAUCUGGGGCACGCAAUUUCCAACAGCAGUGGGUUUUUCCAACCGCUGACUUUGCGCCAGGGCCACAACACCAUCGACAUUUUGUCGGUGACUUCUGGGCGGCCAUCAUCCGGCCCGUAUCUGGAGCAGCAGCAUGGAGGAAUCAAAGGCUCUGUGACAUUGCAUGGACCCAAGUCCAAGGUUACGGACCUGGCUGACAUGGAGUGGGUGCAUCAGGUGGGCUUGAAGGGAGAGACUUUGCACCUGGAAGCUGUGCAAAAGUCUCAAUCUCGAGCAUGGUCGGCUCAUACGAUUUAUCCGCCCAAGUAUCAUCCUCUCGUGUGGUACAAGACCGUGCAGGAUGCUCCGAGAGGUGAAGCUCCGGUUAUGCUUGAUCUGGGAAGCAUGGGGAAGGGGGCUGCUUGGGUCAAUGGGCACCAUAUUGGCAGGUAUUGGUCUGAGAUACGCAAUCCCAGUGGGGGAUGUGAUAAAACCUGCUCGGCCAGGGGCAAGUGGCAUAUGAACAAAUGUGCACUCAACUGCGGCCUCCCUUCACAGCGCUUUUACCAUGUUCCUCGGUCUUGGCUCAAGCGGAGAGGCAAUAUUAUUGUUUUGUUUGAAGAAAUCGGUGGCGACCCUGACGGUGUGUCAUUUGCUAUCCAAAUUCAUCGUUCAGUUCAUGCUCAGGACUCAUCCAAGUCUCAGGACUGA